AUGCGCUGGUUUGUUGGAGUAAUUCUCUUAGCGUCAGCGUGGCACCACCUACCUACAGGACAGGCUCAGGAACAUGGUGAGUGCGGCGGCUUGGUAACCCAACAAUCGUCAGGCUUCAUUGACUCCCCUAACUACCCCGGUCAGUACGGCAACAACAUGUACUGCGUGUGGACUAUAGAGGUCGACUCUGGAGACGUGGUGAAGUUAACACCAGUAUCCUUCAGGAUAGAGGCUGUCUAUGACUGGCUCCAUGUUUACGACAAUGAAACGUUGUUGGGACAAUACAGCGGGCAAUUCUUUCCACCGGAAGUGGUUUCAACAUCCAGCAUCAUCCACCUCGUCCUCAUCACUGACGAGUCAUUCACCGAGGAGGGCUUCAGGAUCCACUUUGAGGUAUUGACCUUGAACAUGAGCAGCAGUGGGUGUCCGGAUCCGGGUGUUCCAGAAAAUGGCUACCGGGACGGCGAGAACUUCACAGCGGGGUCGGUCGUUACGUUUGGCUGCCAUGACGGCUUCAUUCUGACGGGUCAGGAACGCAUCAUGUUUUCCUGGAUGAUAUCGGUGGACCCAGGAAAGGUCGUGGUGUUGGAGUUUGUGGAAUUUAACAUCCAGUAUGAACCAAGAUGUCGACAUGACUGGUUCAGCGUACAGGACAUACCAUACAUAAAUCGUAAGAGGUAUCAGCGGAUCAACCACCUGUCAGGCGAUACUGGCACGUUUUCCUCUAUGAACUACCCAAGUUCCCCCUACAGCAACACCGUGUAUCAACAAUGGAACAUCACCGUCUCAGCACACCGGCACGUCAAGCUCAUGUUCACGGAAUUUGACGUGGAUGAAACGCAGUCCUGCUAUGGAGACCAGGUGGUUGUUCACGACCCUGAGUUCUCCACGCUUGUGGCGAUGUGUGGCACAUGUCUCCCCAUGCCCCGCAUCUCGACAGGAAACAGUCUUUUUGUCAUCUUCAUGACGGACUUUGUGAUCCGCAGGGCGCGGUUUUCGGCCCGGUAUGAGGCGGUAAAAGAUCGAUCAGAACCAUCAGUCCCAGACGUACUCGAGCCUAAUUGGCUUUGGAUCAGUGACGUCAGAAUCAAACAAAUCAGUGUCAGUUCCUCCACCAAUCAGGUUUGGGCAUUGGAUGAGGACGGCAGACCGUUACGACGCACCGGCAUUACCCAAACUGUACCUCAAGGUAUCGACUCAAAAACUCCUGAGGGGAAAUCGUGGCAGGUUGUCGGGGCAACAAAUAUGAAGGAAGUCAGCGUCAGCUCCAGAACCGGUCAGCUGUGGGCAGUGGAACUCAGUGUUAAAAGUGACUGGGAAGCCAUGGAAGGCUGUGCCGUGUCUGUGUCUGUGGGCCGUGCAGGGGUUUGGAUAGUUGUUAACACAGAAGGGGAAGUCUAUCAUAGAGUCGGGACAUUUUUCAACGAAACGUCCCGAGGUGAAGCUUGGGUGCACGUACCGGGGAUAACCCUGCAGCAGGUCGCAGUCGGAGACGGUGUUGUCUGGGGUGUUGAUUCCUCACACCGGGCGGCCGUGAAAGUUCUACCGGGCUCUGUCAACGGGGAAGUGUGUCAAGUAGGCCUGAAGGGUCAUUCGAUGUGCUCCGCUAUUCAAAAAGAAAAUCGUCUGUGCGCAGAGGACGAGGUCAUUUGUCCUCAGAGCGGCAGAUGUAUCCCAGAAUGCAGUGUGUGUGACGGUGUGGUGGAUUGUGGGGAUGGGGACGACACGGACGAGCGGAACUGUUGGUUUGCAGCCUGCCCGGAAAAACACCGGCGGCUGUGCGGGGGAGAUGUCGGCUGCUACAGCCCCAGCCGUGUGUGCGACGGGGAACGUAACUGUGGACAGAGCAAAGUGGACGAGCACAACUGUUUUGACAGCUGCUCGGAUUAUUCCCGCCGUUACGAGUUUCUGAAACGAGACGUUCUCCAGUGUCUGGACUUGUCCGGCUGUGUCCACAUGAAGAACGUGUGUGACGGUCAACAGGACUGUUCGGACGGAUCAGAUGAGACCGACUGUGAGAAAGUCUGCGCUCUUCAUGGGUCCUUCGGUGACAUUGCGUACUGGAAGUGCCGUAAUUCCUCCGGUUGUGUGAAAGGAGAGUUCCUGUGUAACGGGAUUUUGGACUGCGCUGACGGGUCGGACGAAGAGAAUUGUGGACUGCCAUAUUCAUGUACUGGUGUUUAUGACUGGCAAUGUCCGGGAGAGAACACCUGCCUGAGCGGUGCCAAACAAGUCUGUAAUACCCGAAUCGAGUGUGCAAACGGCGAGAACGAAAAACAUUGUGACGAUUUCUGCGAAUCUAUCGGGGGCUUGAGGUGUGAGUGUGGCCAGCUGACGAAAUGUCACCUCCCCAAGGACCGAUGUGAUGGUCGCCCGAUGUGUUAUGUCCCGGGGUCUCCCUACGAUUGCGCUGAUGACGAAGAAAACUGCGAGGAGUAUUGUAAUGACAACGGGGGCUUCUUCUGUGGAGAAACAAAUGAAUGUAGAGAGUCACACAUCGUCUGUGAUGGGCAUCCUGACUGCACUUUUUUCCGCUUCGGAGGCUACAUCCCUCCACCAGAUGAACUGGGAUGUGUGCUGAGAGUUCGUACUCGCACUGCUACGAAACAGCUCUACAGCUUCGACCCUCACAUGCUGGACACUCCCAAAGCACAUGGUGGAAUCUUUCAAGGGCAGCCUGCAGUACCAAGGGCCAGUCCUGUGGAACUGUCUUGCUGCUGA